UGAGGGGCUCCUCGGUAGCCUCGGGAGGUGGAGCGGGGAACGGAGUUGUUCGAGAAGAAAGUGGCGAGAAGCUUGAGUGGACUAUUCUGCGUUGAUUAACGGAGUUCUGCUCACAACGGAAGUAGGGGGGACAAAUAUCAUGCGAAUUGGGCCGCUCGCGGAUCAAUGUGUGGAUGGAUGAAUACUAGAACCGCCCUAAAAUCGGGGAUCGUGUCGACUGUUAUUUGUUGUCGGAAGCACGUGCGCUUUUAGCCAUCGAACGGAGUAUAGAACCUUUCUCGCGUGAGAACUAUUUAAUAUUUUUUGAAUGUAAUUCCGUUGCUCCUCGGAUCGAAAAACUGCGCUGGGCUCUGAAGGCAUGUGUUCGUUGCUGGAGCCUUAUGCCACGCUAGCCGUGGCAGGGGAGAUGAAGUCCGCCGGGGGACCACUGUUCUCCGCCGGCCCUUCUCUGGAUACAGUCCUCGCGAGUGUUUCCCCAUCCUCGGUGGCCCUACUGAAACUGGAAGAUUCGCGUCCGUCGCGAUACUGGUUCACCAAACCGACGACUCCCUUCACAACAACCGCUGUCUGGGAUGCCACAGCUGGCAAAAUCGUCUCAGCGUCACACGGAAAGGUCCUCGCGUGGACAAAUUCAGAGAAAGCCACGCCCGCCCCCGUGGCAGAAUGCCCGUCAGACGUGCUCAGUUUGCUGCCCUUAGAAACGGGGCUGGUAGUAGUUUGCAGAAACGGUCUCGCGUUCCGACUCCACUACGACCGACCCAAUUGGAGUGUGCAGAUUCCAUCGUCGAUCAAGGGCAACUAUAGUUGGGCGGGUUCGCUGAAUGAGGGUGACGUAGCUGUGCUCUCGGAAGACUGUAAAAGCGUCGUUCGUUUCCCGGUUGACGACGCUCCGUCUAGAGUCGUCGUGAAAACCCCGGCGAAAUUCACCAUAGCGGCUUGCUGUAUACACGAGGGUACGCUAUUCGCGGCUAACAUUCAAGGGAAACUGCUCAAGAUGCGAGAUGGAAACUUCACACCUACGAAAAUCGACCUCAAAAUGGAGAAGAACCACCUGACAGCUAUACUGAGCUGCCAGGAAAAUUUGCUCAUCGCCAGUGAAACGAUGGUCUCUCUGUGGGAUGCAAACUUCGGAUUGGUGAAAAACACUUUGAAGAUUUCUUUCACUCCGUGGACGAAUAAGUGCGUUGUGCUGAAUAAUCGAGCCUUAUUCGCAAGUUCAUCGCUGAUGGUCUUGCCAAUCAAAAUUCAGAAAUUCUCCCUGGCCGGUCUCGUCGGCUCGAAGAAGAAAUCCGAGAAGAAAACCCCAAUUUGCGUGGAUGUUUGCGAGUCAGUCGCCGCUAACGUGUCUUCGUGGUCGGUCGACGAUGUGCAGAAAAUCAUGCACGAUAUCGAUGACCUCUCUGAGCAAUUGAUUGUCAGAUGCUGGAAGAGAUUGCUGGAACUUGGCGAUCCGACUCAAAACUCGAGGCCCCUAUAUAAAUUGAUCAUUUCUCGGCACAACUGCGAGGAACUGACUCCUGUACUCCACGAAUAUCUUUCGCUCGAGGAAGUACAGAAGUCGAUUGAUUUUGUCGCUUGCUGCAUGGCGGACCUCUCGCUAGCUCAAGUGAGUCGAGGCCUGCUAGAAUCAUUGAUGGACUGGGCGUGCCAUCUAGUCGAUGCCCACCGGAACGCUUUGAAAGUUAGUUUACGAGCUGAUAAUGAUGCUUCGGAGACUUGUCUGCUGAAACUGAAUCAGAGUGUUUUGCGGGUUCAGUUACUGACGGAUGAUCUGCAAAGUUGUCAACAUAACAUCAAAGUGUUUCUAGGCAAAACCGACAAAGUCGUGGCUCCGCGGGAGAAAUUGUAUUGGGUGGAGCCGUUCGAUUUUUUCAAUAAAAGUUGA